GCACCUGGAAGUCUCCAGUGAGAGCUGGAGUGUGACAAGUUAGCAGAGGAAGGGAGUUUUGUUUCCAUUCCAUGGAUCCCUUGGGUGCUCCUUCCCAGUUUGUGGAUAUUGAUAGUCUGCCAGGCUGGACUGAUGCCUAUGAGGUCAAGCAAUUGGAUUGUCACAACAAUCCUGUGGAAAAAGCUCCAGUUGAUGUUAGGUCACCUUUUCCAUACAGGAAAGACAUCAAUGAAAAAAUAAUCUUAUGGAAAGGAGAUGUCGCAUUACUGAACUGCACAGCCAUUGUAAAUACCAGUAAUGAGUCUCUCACUGAUAAGAAUCCAGUAUCUGAAAGUAUAUUCAUGCAUGCUGGGCCUGACCUGAAGGAUGAACUCCAGAAGCUCAAAGGUUGCAGGACAGGUGAGGCUAAACUCACCAAAGGGUUUAAUCUGGCUGCACGUUUCAUCAUCCACACAGUGGGGCCCAAGUACAAAAGUCGGUAUCGCACCGCAGCCGAGAGUUCUCUCUACAGCUCUUACCGCAAUGUCCUGCAGCUCGCCAAGGAACAGGCAAUGAGCUCCAUAGGAUUUUGUGUCAUUAAUUCUGUGAAAAGAUGUUACCCCUUGGAGGAUGCAACCCACAUAGCACUGCGCACAGUUAGAAGGUUUCUGGAGAUUCAUGGAGAGACUCUGGAGAAGGUGGUGUUUGCUGUCUCUGAGCUUGAAGAGGCCACUUACCAGAAGCUGCUGCCUCUGUAUUUUCCGAGGUCAUUGGAAGAAGAGCUACAAUCCUUGCCUUACCUCCCUGCAGAUAUUGGCAAUGCAGAAGGGGAGCCUGUAGUACCAGAGCGGCAGAUCAGGAUUACUGAGAAGCCAGGUGUUCCAGAUGAUACUUCAGAUGAAGAGGGUCUGGAGGCAGAUUUGUCUUUCAUUGGUUCCCAUGCUUUUGCUCGCAUGGAGGGAGACGUUGAUAAACAGAGACGCCUCAUCCUUCAGGGACAGUUGUCAGAGGCAGCACUACAAAAACAGCAUCAGAGGAAUUAUAAUCGCUGGCUGUGUCAGGCAAGAGCCGAAGACCUCUCUGACAUUGCUUCUCUUAAAGCCUUGUACCAGACAGGUGUAGAUAACUGUGGCCGCACAGUGAUGGUGGUGGUUGGAAGGAAUAUCCCCGUAACAUUGAUUGACAUGGAAAAGGCUCUUCUGUAUUUCAUCCACGUCAUGGAUCAUAUUGCAGUCAAGGAGUAUGUCCUGGUGUACUUCCAUACACUCACAAAUGAUUACAAUCAACUAGACUCUAAUUUCUUGAAGAAACUCUAUGAUGUUGUUGAUGCCAAGUACAAGAGGAACUUGAAGGCACUGUAUUUUGUCCAUCCAACAUUUCGUUCAAAGGUCUCAGCAUGGUUUUUCACAACCUUUACGGUCUCAGGGCUAAAGGACAAAAUCCACUAUGUGGAAAGCCUUCAGCAGUUAUUCAGAGCCAUACCCCCGGAACAGAUUGAUCUCCCCCCUUUUGUCCUCGAGUAUGAUGCCAGGGAAAAUGGGCCUUAUUAUUCUUCUUAUCCUCCAUCCCCUGACUUGUGAUCUGCAGUCCUGUGAUGCUGCCAGUUUCCCAUGGAUCCAGUGACCUGAUGCCUGCCAAAACCUGUGCAUUUACCAAUGUACAGAAUUCAGAGAGGGUUUUCCUGCCCCAGCUCUGGUAUUUUUUUACUGAUGAGAUAUUUUCAAGCACUCAAGCAAUCAGAGAACUUUAUGCCACUGUGAACUGUACAACUAUUUCAAAUAUAUUUAUCCAAUGGAAAAGCUGAUUUAAAGGUCCUUUCAUGUUUGUGGUGUUUUGUUUUUGGGGAUUUUUUGUUGGUGUUUUUUUUCAGUGUUGUUUUUUGAAGCUGUUACAUUUUUGCUGUCUGAACAGACUUUCUCUUUUCUGGGAAAUACAUCAAAAGCACUUGGUCAUUUUUUUUUUUUACCAUUUCUGUUUUCCAGCUCUGUUUGUAAUACCCAUUUCUGACUAGUCUGUACAAAUACUACAUGGUACAAGCCUUGACACAUCACUUCUCAUAUUGUCUGUGUUUCACAUCUGAUUACCUUCCCUUUCUGUUAGCGCUGAUUUCUUUGGUCUUGACCCAGCUAAACUAUUUGGAAUUGGGAAUGCUAUGUCUACAGGCUGAACAAAGCACUACAUCCAAGCCAAGAUUACUCUAAGACUUAAUAUCAUAACUACUAGGUAAGCUAGGAGCCUUGAAAAAGUCCCUGUCAGUUUUCAUUGGAUGAUGUGACACAUCAGGAUGCCACUGCCCUCCCAGUAAGAAUAAAACUGGAAAGCA